CUACGAGUACCCACAAAAACCACAGCUUCUACUACGACACGUGUCUCAAUCGCAUUGACUCACCGACCGCGUGCCUUUUUAUGAACUCAAAUCUCUCGCUCCGUUUCUCUCCUCCUUCGUGUUUUCUCUCUCGAUAAAAGAUCCCUGCAACUUUCAAAAACCCUAGACACACCAAAACUGAUUCGGUUCCUAUUUCUCUCCGGCGAUUCUCUUCGACCAAAAUUCUGUUCACGGUGAGGAACUCGAUCCUCGAAUCGACUUGAUCGAAGAGGUAUAAAGGUUGGCUACUGUGAGCUGAAAAAGAUGAGCACAUCUGAGUUAAGAACAACUCGAGGAAAUCGACGGAGGAAAGCUGUGAUCGAUCUGAAUGCUGCACCCGGAGAUCAAGAAGGGACUUCUGCUUCCGUAAGUGCUCCUACGGUGCCUACUGGUAACAACCUUCAAGGGGUGUCUACUACACCUUCUCAGCCUGUCCCUACAAUGAUUGAUGUUGAUGCUAUUGAAGAUGAUGUUAUCGAAUCAUCCGCAAGUGCUUUUGCUGAAGCUAAAAGCAAAUCAUCAGGUGGACGCCGAAGGAGGCUUUUUAUGGUUGAUGUAGAGUCAGGUGGUACGACCAGAUUGCCUGCCAACAUAAUCAGCAAACGCAGAAGGGUUCCUUCUAAUCAACCUGUCAUCGACUGUGAGCUUCUCCCGGUAAAGGCUCAGGCUCCUCCUCCUCCACCACCAGAGGAGCCUAAAUUCAGCUGCCCAAUAUGUAUGUGCCCGUUUACCGAGGAGAUGUCUACCAAAUGCGGUCACAUCUUCUGCAAGGCAUGCAUAAAGAUGGCAAUAUCUCGUCAGAGCAAAUGCCCCACGUGUAGGAAAAAGGUGACUCAGAAAGAGCUGAUUCGAGUAUUCCUUCCAACCACUAGAUGAAUGAUAUACAUCAACAUCACCAGCCACCAUGUCUAAUCGUUUAUCAGACUCUUAUCAUCAAAUUCGCUUUGGAACAUUGAAGGGACUUCAGUGACUUUACGUUUUAGUUUGAAUGUUUCACUUUGUUGGAAGAGUAAUAUUCAUUGUUCAAGAAGGCCCUAUCAUUUAAUGGAUAUCAUUGGCCCCGGAUGAACUAAUCCUCUUCUCCAAACACAUUCUCCUUCGUCUCCGAAUCAAAUCAUCGGCGGCAAUCUCCUGUCCCCUUUGGCUCUCGUUCUCGAGGUUUUCUGUGAAAAGCUAGUUUGUUCCUCGGAUUAAUCUCUCCAAUGGGGACACCCGUCGCAGGUAGCGACGUUGAGGUGGGAUUUGCGAAGCUUCAGGGAGAGGAUUUUGAGUACUACAUGCAGACAUACUCCAUUAUGCUAGGCCGGAAUUCUAAGAAAUCCACCGUCGAUGUAGAUCUCUCUUCCCUAGGCGGUGGGAUGAACAUAUCCCGAAACCACGCUCGGAUCUUCUACGAUUUCACUCGCCGCCGAUUUGCCCUCGAGGUCCUCGGGAAAAACGGUUGCCAGGUCGAAGGCGUCCUCCAUCUUCCGGGAAACCCUGCCGUCAAGCUGGACUCGCAAGACCUCCUCCAGAUCGGAGACAAGGAGUUUUACUUUUUACUUCCUGUUCGAAGUAUACUUGGCGGCCCGAUGGGACCCAGGCACGUCGUCUCGGGGCAUACUAGCGCCGGAGCAGCAGUCGUGCCCUACCAUCAAUACCAUUCCGGGCCAGGUUCCGGGUCAGGCAAGAAAGGCGGGCGGGGAAGAGAAUACUUUGAAGAGUAUGAUGAUGAUGAUGAAGAAGAAGAAGAAGACGACGAUGAUAAUGUCAGGAGCAUUGGGAAGAAAUCAAGGAGAGAUGGAUAUGGCGGGUCUGCACCUGCUUCCGUUGAGAGGAAGGGAGAGGGAAGAACAAGGGUAGAUCGUGAAGCUGAUGAUCAGCAAGUUUUGCUGCUUGAGGAAAAAGAUGUUGUGUCCUCUGUUGCCACUGUGCUUUCUGAUUUGUGUGGUCCAGGAGAGUGGAUGCCUAUGGAGAAGCUUCAUUCUGUGAUACUAGAGAAUUAUGGGAACGUAUGGCAUCACAGUCGGGUAAGGAGAUACCUGACGCCUGAGGAGUGGGCAGUUCCAGAAGCAAAGGGUAAAGCAUGGUACGGACUGCUGAUGCUGCUGAGGAAAUACCCAGAGCAUUUCGUUAUCAACACGAGGUCAAAGGGCAGGGUCACUCUUGAGUUCGUCUCCCUUGUCUCCCUUGUCUCGUGAAGUAAUCACCAAAACUACGUCACAAGAUGAUCGAAUCACAUGUGUUUGUUAGUGCAGGACAAAUGUUUUCAAAGAAAGUUCCCUACUUUUGUGUAAAUACAAGAUAGGGUCAGAGAUUUGGAUGGUGCUUAGCCUCUUGUUGGGUUUUAACACAGCUGAAACUAACGAGUCUUUGGUUUUUUUGCUUUGGAGUACUAGAAAUGAAUUUUUUUUUCCUUUCUCUUGAACGUAAAGGUCUAAAGGAUGUAUUGUUGAACAAAAAGAGAAGCCAAUUAAAACGGCACGCAGGUUAGACUUGAUAUAAUGAUGGUUUUGAGAAUUUUUAUUGCAAGAGAUGUAUGUAGAUUUUACACCCUUUUGCUUCGGAAAAAAAAA